AUGGCACACUACAUCUAUCUCGUCGGUGGCUUGCGCAAUGGCGAUCCCACCGACGGCGUGUACCGCUUCGACAUUGACACCCAGGAGUUUGCAACCGUUGGAGAACUUCAGAAGCCAACCGCAUGGCCACUCCUCCAUUACCACAACGACAACAUCUAUAUGAUUGGUGGCACAACUGCGACCAAUGGACAGCACAAACAACUGCUCUCGUACAAUGUGACCAAGCCUGCGACGCAUGUACUUGUAUCCGAUCUCUUGGUGUCACAACUGCGUGGCAGUGCCAAUGCAAGCGGCAACACCAGCACUCGUACAGGCUGUCGAACAAGGCAGCAUUGUACCUGGCAACAGAACCAGCCAUGCGUCACAUGCUACACAGGACACUAUUCCAUCAGAUGA